CAAUUUCCAUCCUUUGUUGUGGCUUGGUUGGAACCCCUUCAUGAUAGCCCACCAAGUCCAGUUUCUGGCACCCAGCGCGUAGAAUACAACUGAGUUUCACACGACAGCCCCGUGAAAGCUGCGCAUGUUGUGACAUUAUGAAAUGUGACAUCGGAGGCAAUGCUGUGGAACCAAUGAUGAUGCCCCAUGACAACGUUGUUGUGAAAACGGGUCCAAGAAGCUCACUUUUUUGUGCUCGCAAUGGUGGCCUCCAGCGCGGAGGUCCGGGACAGCAGUGUUCUUUGGGACCUCAUACAGUCUUUGCCGACGCUGAUUUCCUCAGCGCCCUCCAGCGCCAGCUUGGACUUUACCAAAAAGACUGCGAUUGAGCUCUUGGGUAAUCUAUGGCAAUGGGUGAAUUCCAGGAAAGACUUUUUAGGACUCGCAUUGGUGAUGAUCUCGCAGCUGCUUGUUCCAGAUCUGAGCAGCAGUCCAGCACAUGAGCUAGAUCGUGCCAGGCAAGUCCAGCAGGCAGCUUCCACAGCAUUCAAACACAUUUGUGUUGGGGGCAAGCUUCAUUUGGAGGACUUGCUACCAGAGCUCUUGGAUCUCUACGGGGUGACUAUGGCGUUGCCCAUCCGGAUGCACCUCUCGAUCGUUGAGGGUGUCGGAUCCGUCGUAGCAAGUCUCAACCAGGAGGACCAGCUUCGAUCUGGACUGGAGCAGAUGGUUGCACCCCUGGCCCAGGGCUUGGACUCUGCAAGGCAGAAGCCACAUCUCCUUGGCGAGAUCUUGGACAGGCUCAUCGUGAUCAUAAAGCAGCUCCACAUGACCGAAAGUAAUGCCAAAGCAACCUGCAUUGGUCACCUGCUUUGCAACACCCUUUGGCCAAUGAUUCGGCAAUGCCUACAUCACCACCCCACAGAUUCGAAGCUGGUUGAGAAGAGCUGCCAGUUGCUGAAGGAUUCCAUGCGCUGUGUGCCUGAUCUCUUCAAGCAUCACCUCCCCGAUGUGGCUCGGACAUUGGUCACCGCCUUCCAGCAGCAUCAGCAUUCGACUUACCUUUACUCGGCAGAGGUUCUAGCUCGUACAUAUGCAAAAGACCCUGAGAAUGUCCCGGUGCUCACCGAGCUGUUCAAUCAGCUUAGCGGCAUUGGCUUGCAAAGCCUCGUCCAUUCGGAAGACAAGCUGGAAGAGAUCCGAGAACUUGCGGAGGCUCGGGAGUCCAUCCCUGCCAUCCUGCAGCCUUGGGCCUUUACCAUGGCGCGGCAGCUUUACGAGUCCGAGUUGCAGGAGGCCCGCUCAAGUCUUGCAAAGCUCCAGGCUGAACUGCAAGAGGCACAGCACUGCGCGAAGCCAAAUGUACAGGUUUCAGAGAGCGAAUGCGCCGGGUGUGUGGCCUUGCGUGCCGAGCUAUGCGCUGCCCAAGAAGAAGCACGGAAGGCCAACGCACGAGCUGCUGCAGCAUCGAAAGCUUGGGGAAGAUGAGCCUUGACCUCGCUGGCUUCGGUUGGCCUGGCAGGCAAACUGGGCCACAAGGUUGUGGAGACUCAUCGUUGUUGCAGCUUGACUGAGCAAUUUGAACGCAUGUGGCCAAUCAAAUCCCACCUUAAUUCACGCAGUAGAGAUGCAGAUAGCAUUUAUUAUGCCCUCACUCCUGCAUUCAGGCAGAAUGCCAGAGUGUCUUUAUUUUGUUCUUUUGUCCAGGGCCAAAGUGGGCACCAGUCACCAUUCAACGUUUGCUUUCCAAAGCAGCAGAAAUGACAAUCACAUGAUUUCGCUUGCAGCCUGGGAUAUGGAUUUACAGUAACCAGGUUGCUGUGAAGAAGGAAAUGAUUUGCGCUGCUGGAC